AAGUAAGCAUGGCUGCUAGCUUCGAAUGAACGAGCAAACACAACGGGAGUUUGCAGAAAAUGUGAGGAUCUCUCGAAUGCAAAAUAUUAGCCGCGAUGUUUUAAGCCACUAUGGAAACCGUUGAUUAAACGAUGUAAAGCGAAGGUCGCGUUGCAGCUGUUUUUUGUUUUUGGUGCAGCCAUGUCAGAGCCCAGCUCGCAUGCUGAGUUCUCUGAAUUGUGGAGGAAUGUCUCCAAACUCAGCUACAGCAAAACACAAGACACAAAAACCGAAAAACAGAUGCCUGACACGACAACGUCGCCCGUCUGUAAAGAUUUUCAAAGUCCUCGGCACCGAGGUUGCAGCAGGUACCCCGGCUUGGCCAAUGGAGAUUCUCCAGGAGAUGUGGAACCUUCACAAGAUAUCUUCUGGGAUUCCACAUCUCCCACUCAAGCUAAUACUGGACUCAGAAACACUAGAGCUGUGAAAAUAUCAGAUAUUGUGAACCGCAUUGCUCCAAAGGAUGUAAAACCAGAAAGGACUGAAUCCCCUUUGCUGCAGUGGAUCGGUGACAGUGCCAUCUCAUGCACACCAGAAACUCGAAAGCCAAGACUCAAGAAGAAGUCCUCUAGACAAAGCAGUGUUGAGGACCUCAUGAAACUGGCCAGGCAAUUUGAUGAGAGCAUGCAGCAAGAUAAGGAAACUUCAGAAAGCCUGCACACUGUCAACAAUGAUCUUAAUGAAUGUGCGAAUUCUUCCGAAGUAAAACUGGCACAGGGAUCCUUUCACGAUAGCUUGAAGGACCUAAAAUCCCCAUCGUUAUCUGAUCAGGUAGAGGCAGACCUGCACACUCUGUUUGACUGCUCCACUCAGAGCGUGUGGCUAAGCCGUGGCUCUGCUGCAUCCACCUGUUCACCGGAAAUAAGAGGCCAAUCUGUGAGUGCAGCUUUACCCAAAGAACAACAAUCAGAGCUCAAAUCAGCUGCAUAUCCUGCGGAAAAAAUGGGAUCUAAUGGUUAUAGUGCAAAUAAUUGUGAUGACUUUGAUGAUGACUGGGAGAAUGAUGACUUACUUAAUGACUCUUUUGUGCUGGCAAUGACCCAUGAACCCCAUGAGCAACAUGACACUGAUCCUAACACCACCUUUCAGUGUGAAACUAAGACAAACACUACUCACUCUAUCCCUGUUCACAAGCCCAAUGCAAAUUCAAUCUCUGCACAUGAGCCUUUAAACCGACACUGCGAGCCUAGCUGCAGUGUGACCAGUUCUGAAACAAAACGGACACUCCAGGAACUCUGUCCCAAACUGAAGACUACCAACCGAAACACUUUCAAGUUGGAGCCAAACCCUGACUUGCGGGCAAAGAUGGACAACGGGGUUUCUAAAUCCAGCUUCACUGUUAUACAACCCAAGCCACACAUGUUUGACCAGAAAUCUAAAACUACAAAGAGAUCCACUACUUCUCGACCUGGCAAGGUCACCAGUGAUCACAGUGGGGCUUCUUUAGGAAAAGACAUUUCAGACAGUUUGUGGGAUGAUAGAGAUGACGACGCACUUCUCUACCAGGUAUGUGACAGUGUGGAGAGGGUCACCAACAGUCAGUCACUCCAAGCGAGUCCCAGUAACUGCCAAGAAAAACAAGAUAUUGCUGUAGACAGACAACGGAAAACCACACAGCCCGUGCCAAUCAACAUGACUCGGCCCGUGAGCGUCGGUGCCAGCGCUAACACACAGUCACCUUGUGCUUUCGUUCGUUCUAACUCAUUACCAAGUGCUAGCUGUGAAACUGUGAACUACCAAGGAUGGAACAUUCCCAUGAAAGGUGCCAACAAAAAAUCACAGAUGUCUCAAAGCUUCCCCACAAAUCUGGGUACAUUGAGGCAGUGCAGGGAUUCCUCUGGAACUUUCCAGGCUGGAAAUGCUAAUCUGGAUAAAAAGCAACAUACAGUGACGGCCAGAGCACUGCACAACUCCAAGACCCAUCACACAGCCUUCAAAAGAAAUCUAUCUGACUCGGCAGCUACGAGCACCAAAGUUUUUGUCACAAGCCAGAUGACAGGAAAGUGCUCUGCUGCAGAGAUCGAGAGGAAGAAGCAGGAAGCCUUGGCCAGGAGGCGACUGCGAAUGCAGAACGCCACAAAGCCGUAGAGCAGUUCGUCCUGCCAGUAUUUUUGCAACUUAAUGUACUAUAUCAAGCCUUAUCAUUUCAUACCGGUAGUUCCCCCUAUUUUGCAGGGCCGGGGUGGUAUCAGUGAUGAAGGAGUAUUGAUAGUUCUGUAUUAGAUCACCAGAUCCUGGGAUAUUUACUUAGCUUUCUGCACAUAAAGAACCUUCUGUCAAUUAAAGAUGAGAAGGAGCUGCUAACGUCAUAUUUUUCCUGUUAAGGAUAUUUUUUUUUUUUUGCACAGUUUGCUACAAGUUUUGAGCUUCUUCAUCCAUAUUUUGAAAUAUAGUUUACAUCCAAAUGCUGACAAACUCGUUCUGUUUAUUUUUCAGGACUGUUAUUAAAGCUCUGUUGACUAAUAUGGGUAGGAAAUGCUUGCAGAUGCUUUUUUGCUUUUAUGAAGUAAAUAGUUUGAGCUCAGUGUAAUUUUUUUUUUAAGUGCAGCACCAAAGGGUGACAUAUAAAAGAGUGCAUUUUUGAAGUUACUCAUUGGAAUGGAUGCCUUCAGUUUAUAGUGAACACUAGCCUUAACUGCUCUGUUCUCUACUUUAUGAGUCUGCUAAGACUGCUUAAGUGCCUGACACUUCUUUUAAAGCAUACUUGAAGUAUUUUUCAGUCUUCAUAACUUUGUAAUGAAACGAGCCUUAUUUUAUUAGAAAUAGAAAUGAAAGGACACACACUCUAGCAAAAAUCUUUGCUUUGAGGCCAAGCUGAACAUUUAACAGAUGACAAAACAGCUGAUCUGCUUUAUACAUGAAAAUGAGCAUCUGAUGAUUAAGCAAGUUUUUAAUUUGUGGAUUUUUUUUUUCUUUCUUAUUUUGCCUUCUUGUGUUGCAUCUGUGCUUUCUUUGCUCUCUUUCAUGUCGCAGUAUUUCUCCUUUCACUUUCGCACAGGUCAGCAUCAACAUUUGUACGGCAGAGACAGUCAUGUGGCCUCCACUAGCAAAGUUUACUGUAAUAGCCAUGCUAUGCACCUUUCAGAGAAGUUCAACAGCAGUUUAAAAAAAAAAAAAAGACUUGAAACUGUUUUUGUAUCCAGACAGGAUGAAAAUGAGGAAGAUGAGAAAGCCUCACACUACAUUUCCUAUCAGACUUUCAUCAUUUGUGCUGUAAAGGACAAACCUGUGGUACACUGGUG